CAGUGCCUUGUGGCUGACAGCAGUUAGUGAGCCACACGGUUAGUGAAUGCUUUUAGGACAAUCCCUUUCUCAUUUAUUGAAUUUAUACGAUGUCUUCGCUUCUUAAAGUGGACAAUGAGAUCAAAACAAAGGUUGAUGCUUUCAGGGAACGAAUUACUGCAGAGGCUGAAGACCUUGUGGCAAACUUUUUCCCCAAAAAGUUGUUAGAGCUGGAUCAGUUUUUGAAGGAUCCCACAAUUAAUAUCCGUGAGCUGAAAGAAAUUCAUUCAGAGAUCAACUUAACGGUGCCAGACCCAAUUCUUCUUACAGACAUCCACGACGGGCUUGAGGGGCAAAAUGCUAAAAAGAGGAAACUUGAAGAUGGUGCAGGAGAAGACAAAGUUGGCGGGACCAAGGUCUUUGUCAUGCCAGGUGGAAUGAUGAAAAGCAAUGGCAAGCUGGUAGACCUAAUUGAAAAAGUGAAACCUGAAAUCAGAACUCUCAUAGAAAAGUGCAACACAGUCAAGAUGUGGGUUCAGUUGUUAAUCCCAAGAAUAGAAGAUGGCAACAAUUUUGGUGUCUCAAUUCAGGAAGAGACCGUUGCUGAACUCAGAACAGUGGAAGGGGAAGCAGCAUCUUACUUGGACCAGAUAUCCAGAUACUACAUCACGAGGGCAAAGCUGGUUUCCAAAAUAGCAAAAUACCCUCAUGUUGAGGAUUAUCGUCGCACAGUGACAGAAAUUGACGAAAAAGAAUACAUCAGUCUCAAGAUUAUAGUGUCAGAACUCAGAAAUCAAUAUGUAACAUUACAUGACAUGAUCCUGAAGAACAUUGAGAAGAUAAAGAGGCCGAGGAGCAGCAAUACCGAUGCUCUGUACUGAGACAACCUUCCACUUUCAUUCUUGGCCCCUUAUUCCACCCUCUGGAGCCUACAGCUGGUUCUAAAGCAGUCCUGUCAUCCAUUAAAACCAGGCCAAGAGAGUCCUGCUCAAACAGGCAUGAUAGAACAUGCCACUGAAGCUAGUAUUGAAAAAUACGGUUACUCGUUUUAAACCCUUUCAAAUUAAGCCCUUUUUUUUUUUUUUUUCUUAGCAGACAGUUUUAAUGUAUUAAGGCAGAGCCUGAACUUGCAUCUCAAGGAAACUGUCUCAAAUUUAUUUUUCUUAAUUUAAAGAAACAUUUCAAAAGUGGGUGUUUUUUUUUUUUUUUUUUUUUUUUUUUUUGCAAAGCCAUUAUUUCUGAGCAUCUAGGGUAACGUGAUGGUCGGUUUCUCCAGUCGAGAAGCUUUUAUUGAUGCUGUAUUUCACUCAAGCAGUUUACAUUGUUCAUCUGAAAUGUGCGUGUAGGCUGAAGUGGAAGUAAGGCAGUUUAUGUGCAAGAUUUUAUUUGGAGUGUGAGCUGACAGUUAUUACAUGAUGGAAUACAUAAGGUAUUUUCCUCUGUAAUGACAGAUUCAUUAAAUUCUGGAAGCUUUUUUUGGUUCUUUUUGUCCAGUUUUAAGAGCGAUACAUUUUGCUGAAUAAACUGUUGUUUUACAAUACA